ACGAAUCGACUCGUUUGCGAGUCAGAUAUCACUAACCGGGUAGGAGCUGUAGUUGGUGGAGUAUAAAAGUGAGUUAGUAAGUAACCACUAACCAGUCAAACCAGAAACCUAAAGAAGUCGCCGCAAUGUCUCUGGAAAUGUUUCACAAGGAGCACACUUUGAAAAAGCGAAAGAGGCUGAUUGGGCACUCAUGCAGGCUCUUUUUUCCGCACGACCCGGUGAAAAUAGUCAGAGCUCGAGGCCAGUAUUUGUAUGACGAGAAUGGGACACAGUAUUUAGACUGCAUUAGCAACGUUCAGCACGUGGGACACUGCCAUCCUGCUGUCACUCAGGCUGCUGCUGCUCAGAUGGAGCUUCUUAAUGCAAACACCAGAUUUCUCCAUGAUAAUAUAGUGCAGUAUGCUGACAGGCUUGCAGCCACACUGCCCAAGAAGCUCUGUACCUUUUACUUUGUCAACUCAGGAUCUGAAGCCAACGAUCUUGCCUUGCGACUGGCCCGUCAGUAUACUCGAAAUGAGGAUGUUAUAGUUCUAGACCAUGCGUAUCAUGGGCAUCUUACCAGUCUUAUCGACAUAAGUCCUUACAAGUUCCGGAAGUUGGAGGGCCAAAAAGAGUGGGUUCACGUGGCUCCACUCCCUGAUACAUACAGAGGCAUUUACAGGCGGGACCACCCUAAUCCAGGCCAGGCCUACGCGGACACUGUGAAGGAUCUUAUUGAUGAAGUGCACAGGAAAGGGCGCAAGAUUUCAUCUUUCUUUGUGGAGUCCCUACCCAGCGUUGGUGGGCAGAUCAUCUUGCCACCUGGUUACUUUGCAAAAGUUGCAGAGUAUGUUCAAGCUGCAGGGGGAGUGUUUGUAGCUGAUGAAAUUCAGACCGGCUUUGGUCGUGUGGGAAGCCACUUCUGGGCCUUUCAGCUCCAGGGUGAAGAUUUCUGCCCGGACAUUGUGACAAUGGGCAAGCCCAUGGGUAACGGACAUCCUCUGGCAUGUGUGGUCACCACAGAGGAGAUAGCUGGAGCCUUCACUGCCAAUGGAGUAGAGUACUUCAACACUUUUGGUGGGAACCCUGUGUCAUGUGCGAUUGGCCUGGCAGUCCUAGAUGUGAUAGAAAAGGAAGACCUGAGAGGGAAUGCUGUUCGUGUUGGCAAUCACCUGAAGGAGCUCCUCAAACAGCUCCAGGCCAAACACCCAAUCAUUGGAGACAUACGUGGUGUCGGGCUCUUUGUGGGGUUUGAACUGGUUAAAGACAGAGUGACUUUAAAACCUGCAACUGAGGAGGCAGCACUGCUCAUUAGAAGGCUGAAAGAGAAGCACAUAUGUUUGAGCACUGAUGGACCAUGGGACAAUGUCAUCAAAUUCAAACCCCCCAUGUGCUUCAGCAUGGAGGAUGCUGAAAGGGUCACUGCAGAAAUCAGCCACGUUCUCAGAGAAUUUGAAGAUGCCUCCAACCAGGAACAACAGAAACAACAGCCAUGCUAAUAUGUUAAUAAUCCGACUGAUAGCGAAAUUGUAAUAGAAUACGUACAUUUUUCAUCUCUGUUGGAGUAGACUAGUCCGAUUGAGGCUAUUCCAAAUACAGUUUCUAUCAACUGAAAGAGGUCAGUAAUUCUGGAAAUAAUCCAUUUAAUAGAAGAAUAAUAGCCAUGUAAAUGCCUGUACCCAAUGACAUUGUGCCAUAACGGAAGUUUAUAACGUUCAGCAUGGUGAAAGACAGAAACUUUAUGCUUCUAACUUUAACAGACUUAAUUUUUAAGAUUUUAGUUAAUAGCUGGAUGGAUGGCUGUAAAGCUUGCAAUAACGAGUUGUUCAGACAAGUAUGUGAGCAAAUGAAUGACAGUGGGUUUACACAAACUAUGUCUCAGCAUGUUGCAGGACAUGAUGUCUUCCUCUUGCACCUUCUUGAAUAAGUUCAUAUGAAGUACGUUAUCCUGAGUCUGCCUUAAUUUUGAAGGCAAUUAAAAACACAAGCGCGCCACCUGAAAACUCAAGGAACACACUGCUGCUCAUCUGCUCUACUCUUGUUGAGUAGAGUGUGUCUAUAAACACCUCAGUCUUAAUCUAGAAUCAGAAUUAAUUCAAUAAAAUUGGCCAAAACAGCCAAUGAUUAGUUGCAAAACUCUGAAGGUAAAAAUGACUAACAAAUACAACCUGAUACAUGGAGAGAGAAAGGGAAUGAGAUAAAUGAAGCCACCUUUGCAGAAAGCACUUUGGUUUAACUUAACACUACAGUAUGAAAUUGUUUGAAUAUGCUCAUUUGGAAUGUGAUACAUAUGGAGUUGAUGGAAGAAAUACGCUUAUAAUUUGAUAUAACAAGCACGGGGCUAAGAAAAAUGUGGAAAAUAAGAACUUGAAAGAUGUGUAGUAAAAAAAGAAUGCUUACCAAAUACAAACUAAAAUUAUUUUUUAAUAAAAACUCAACUCAAGAAAUUA